GAACUGGCACGGACCGGGGGAAUCCGACUGUCUAAUUAAAACAAAGCAUUGCGAUGGCCGUCGGACGGUGUUGACGCAAUGUGAUUUCUGCCCAGUGCUCUGAAUGUCAAAGUGAAGAAAUUCAACCAAGCGCGGGUAAACGGCGGGAGUAACUAUGACUCUCUUAAGGGAGUAUGGAGUUCUAUAACUCCCUUAAUGGGAGGAGACCCAAACUAUCCUAGGAUGGGGCGGAACCGACCAUAUGAGCCAUAUUAACAUUGCCCACACUAUCCUCUGGAGGUACCUCCUCGUGGUACGGCUGGAUAUAGGUAAAUCCUGUAACCAAAUCCUCCAACCCGUGAAGGAGAACACUAAAAACCCAUAUAGUGGCCUCGCCAACCACUAUAUGUCCAACGGCAGGAGAAGCUAUCUCCCGGAUGGGAAGGAAAACCCUAAACCGUGAUGGGAACUUACCGGCCCCAUCAGCUAUUGGGUACCCGGUAGGGACUUGCAACCCUACCCUGUAUUUGCAUUUUAUAGGGAACCGGUCGGCCCUAUAUCAGAGUAGACCGUUUAUUAAAUAUGGGUGAAAAUAUUAACAGUAAAAGCUAUGGUUUGGCGUCCGUGGGGUGCCAGGGCGGCGGCCAAACCCGAGCUACUUGGCACCAACUGGGGAUGGUAGCUUCCGAGCGAUUCCCUGGCGACGUGGGACCUAUCGACGAUGGAAUCCAAACAUCCGGAAUAGAGGAAUUGAGAAAUACCUAUUCCACCACCGGCUCACAUACCCAAGGUGAACCCGGUGCAACUAGAGUACAACCUAUCUGGGGCGGUAGGUGCCGAACCACUCAGGUGGACGGCUUGUUUAUUGAUGUCUCCCUACGAGACACGAAUUGUGACAAAUCCACUCCGGUGGACAAUUACCCGAUCUAUGAACCUGUUACCGAUAUAAGACAAGAAAAUAAAGAACUGACAACGCCUAGAGCUUCAGGCAGCACGUCUGUAAGUAUCCAGUCAUCGAGCGUGACUGAGGGCGAAAUUGAUAAUAACUCUGAAACUGAGGAAUUGACGGAUAUAUGUUUGGCUACGCCUAGAGCUUCAGGCAGCACGUCUGUAAGUAUCCAGUCAUCGAGCAUGACUGAGGGCGAAACUGACGAAAGGGCCACGCCUAGAGCUUCAGACAGCUCGUCUGGAAGCAUCCAGUCAUCGUGUGUGACUGAGGGUGAAUGUCUGCCUCCUACAGACAACUGCAACCUGUCUGUAGAGAACCAGUUACCGGGUAGGUUCACUGGUAACCGUGCGUCUGCCCUUCAGAAAGGUGGCAUGUGACUUGUGUUCCAAAGAGUUCUUGGCAUACUCGAAGUUUGCAGUCCAUCAGGCAAACUUCCACGAUUCAGAGACUCAGGCAUGCUGCUCAUAUUGUGGUAAAAGUGAUGGUAAUCAUCAUGCAAUAGCCUGUCACGUUCCGAAAUGUCCCUGGCGGCGAACUGUUACGUUUGCUGCGAACUUGAGCAAUUUCUCGUGUGAUCUUUUCAGUGAUAGUUUUAAG